AUGCGCGCCACCAUUUCCUAUUUGACGACAGUUGCCCUGGCAGCCGCGGCCUUCUCCACCACCCGUGCCUUACCCGUGCAAGACGAUACGUCGCUGUCGAACACCAAGCGCACUGACGCAGCUGCUGGCUUUCUGUCUGCCACCUUCCUGGGCGAUGUGCCUCACGUCUACUUGCACUACUCUCAAGCCGAUGCUCCCGUCACUUUCAGCGCUGUGCAGGGAUCGCAGGGAGUGCUUGUACCAACGCUCGGAACUGGCGGCGCUCGCGACCCCUACAUCUUCCAGAAUCAGGUGAACGGGAAGUACUACAUUAUGGCCACCGAUCUCGACAUUGCCAAGACCAACUGGGGCGAUGCUCAAUCGCAUGGAUCGCGUAGUAUCCACAUCUGGGAGUCGACAGAUGGCGUCAACUGGUCUGCGGAAAGGCUGGUCGAAAUGAUGAACUCGACUGCUGGCUACGUCUGGGCUCCGUCUGCUACAUGGGACAGCGCAGCAAAUGCCUAUGCCGUCUUUUGGUCGUCACAGACGUACGCCGAGUCAGACACUGACCACACUGGAGCCGCGGAAGGACCUUUUGUCUACUACUCACAUAGUACUGACAUGGUGAAUUUCAGCAGUCCGCAGCGAUGGGAAAGCGCCAACUUUGGUGGCAAGGUCAUCGACCAGGAGGUGCUCGACCUUGGCAAUGGCAAUCUAUACCGAUGGUACUCGGAUGUGCAAGGCGGCACUGGUGUAGUGAUGGACAAGACGACGAGCGGCCUGUUCGGAACUUGGGAGCGCAUUGGCAAGCCGGCCAAUGUCGUUUGGGAGGGCCCUGCGAUUCAGCGCGACAUUGUGAACCCGUCCAAGUUCUACUUAUGGGAGGACAACUACGGAGGACCUGGCUAUUCGUGCUUCCAAACCGAGGAUCUCAACACCAUUCCUUUUGCCGACUGCGAUCCUGCACUGACACCGACAGAUGCCGGCAGCAGUAGCAACAGAGCUGGCAGCACCGGAGACGGCGGGCACGUUGUUGACCUGCUGGACGGCCGAUACGAACGAGUCGACACCGAUGGCGUUGAGACCGGUAACAAAGGCGUUCACAUCCGUGAUGUGCUUGAAGCUUUCAAGCACCUGGUCAGCGCCAGGGAUCUGAACGGCGGCCUUGAGCACGUCCUCAGCGCCGGGAGCGGCGAGGAAGUUCUGGACGUUCUCGAAACCGUACUUGUUGGAGUAAGCAACAAGCUUCUCGCAGCCGUCAACGCCCUUGAGACCCUCCAAACCGAGUUUUGCGCCUUUGAUGAGUGCGGCAAUGUCUUUGCCGACAAAGGCGCCGAUGAACUCGAUCAAGCUGGGGAUCUUCUGGAUAAGCUGGAUCAAGGCGACGGAGACUUCGACAUGGAUGGCAACAACUGCCUUGAGCAGCUCCUCGGCACCCUUGACCGCCUUGACGGCGACAAGGAACCAACCGUUGAGGAACACCUGGACGAUGUCGAGCUGAACUUGAAUUGCGAACUUAGCCUUGCCCAGCAGGUCGAUGAGAGCGUCAGCACCGAUCUGGAUGAUGUUGUCAAGGUGGCCAAAGAUGCCAAGCAAAGCGUCAAGCGGAGCGUUCGCUACCGAAGAUCCUGUUCCCGAACCGCGUGCUUCGAGGCUCAAGAUGGUGUCGGCGACCAGAGCACGGCGCUCAGCUGCAACCGAGGCAAGGUCCGUAGUGGCAACUUCGAGAGCAGGGGAGCGCUUGUGCUGAAUGAUGUCGUUCGACUUGACCGAGCCGAUGGCAGCGGCAUUGGCAGCCCCAACAGCGGCAAGGGCGACGAGGAGAGAGGCAGUGACACGCAUUGUGUUGAGAUUGAGAGUGUUGAGACUGAGAGUCUGGAGAAGCUUUGGAGAUGGUCUUUGAGUGGGGCUUGUAUGGAGCAGAGAGAAAGUUGUUCGAUGAGAAGAUGA